CUAUCGCGUGUAUGGAACAAAAUGUAAACAAAAUUUAAUUUCUGUAAAUUUGAUUUUUACAACCAACUUGAUUUGAAGUAACUAAGUGAUCACAACCAUCAUCAAUCGAUCAACAAUCGAUCAUCAUAGUUUAAGAUCAGGGAUCAGAUCAACUCACUGAGAUGUCGUUGACGGGAAGCAAUGUCCAACUUCUACUAACAGAAGAUUUAUCACCUCAUAAGAUUUCAUUAUUGUUUUUGAUCCAAUUAUACUGUAAGAACAAGAUUCCUCCCCAGAGAAUAAAAUCAGUAUUAACAGUGUUGAUCAAGUUAAUUGAUAAUAGAUCAUAUAAAGAAGGAGAUGAAAAGAUUAUCAUACCGUCGUUACAAGACUUGAUUGAUUCGAUAAAGGAUAUUAUUCUUGAAAAUAGUGGUCCUAAUGAUGAAAAUAUUGAUAGUGAUAUAUUACAAAUACAAAUGAUUAUAUUGAAGUCAUUAUGGGAUAUAACAUCAGUUAAAGAAAUGGAUAAUAAUCUUUUAAACUUUUAUGAGAUAUUAGUUCCAGUUGAGACCAUCUAUACAAUCAAGGAAUCACCCUAUAAGAAGAUAUCAUCACGAUCCUUAUUAGGAUCUUUCAUUUAUAAAAUCACUAGUGCAUUUAAUGUUCUUAAGUUUGAUGAGAUAUUCUUAUUAUAUGAAGCAUUAGUUGGGUAUAGAGAGCCAUCACGACAAUUUUAUAUUGAUAAUGGAGGAAUUAUAGAAUCCAAUGUCCCCUUAAUGCAAAGAAAACAAGAAAAUGAUGUGAUAGAUGAUAAUGAUGAAUUGUUUUAUAAAGCAUUAAAUAAUCAAUUAGCAGAUAUGAUGGAUACUGUUAUACCCACCACCUCAGAAUCAAUCAUCCAACAAAAUACGAAAUAUCUUGCUGUGCCAAAACAUGAUUUACAAAUUUUGUUAGAUAAACAAAUUCAAUUAUUGGAAACUAAUGGUACUCCAACUCCUAUGAUUCUUAAAGAUAUAAUGACCCUAAUGACUUCCCCUAAUUCCAAUACUUCCCUGAUUCAAAAUGCCAACUUUAACAAUUUACCAUCAUAUUAUUAUAUUCGAUAUUUAGAGAAUUUGCAUCAAUGUGAUUAUAAUGAAGCGUUUAAAUCAUUACAUCAAUAUUUUGAUUAUAUGGUAUCAUCAAAUUCGAAAUAUUUUUAUCAUUUUGCGUUAAUUUCAAAAGCAUCAUUACAUGAAUUCUUUGGUGAAGAUGAACAAGCAAUAGAUUCUAUAGAGGAAGCGAUGUCAGUGGCUAGAGAACAUAAAGAUAAUUCUGCUUUAACCUAUAUAUUAUCAUGGUUAUUUAAUUUCAUGAAGAACAAACCUCAAUUAUGGAAUAAACAAACGUUUUUUAAUAAUAAUGAUGAAACUCAAUUAUUGAAUUUCUUAAUUGAAAAAUCAAAACUGGUUUCAUUAUCAUUAUAUUCUAUGAGUUAUAAUUUUGAAACUUUACAAAUCAUGAAUAAUGGAGGAUUAAUGAAUCAAUAUUUGGAAAGUAUUAUCAAAUCGACUUAUAUUGCUAUUAAUGAUCAGAUUUCUACAUUCACCAAAUCAAGUGAAACCAUGGCUAUGGUAUGGAGUAGGAUUGGUAAUAGUCAAUUAAGUAAUGUUUAUACUGAGAUAUCGAUUGAUUCAACUGAUGAUGUUCGAGCCAAGAUUCCUAUUUUGAUUCGACUUAAUUUUUUAAAGUUUUAUCGAGGAGAAACAGAGAUUGGAUUUAAGAAUUUAACUAAAUUAAAACUGGAAAUCAAUCAACAAGAAGAUUAUUCAUUAUAUAAGACUGUUUAUAUUCGAUGGAUGAUAUUAUUAAUUCAAUUGAAUUUAUUUAAGGGGAAAUAUCGGAUCAGUAAUGAAUUAGUUGAGAUUUUAAUGGAUAGUGAGAUUAAAGAUCUUGAAUUAAAACAUGAAUUAUAUUUAUUAAAUAUUGAAACUCAAAUCAGUUUAAAGAACUAUGCUAAAGCUAUGAAAUUAAUUUGUGAUAAAUUGGAUGGGAAUUUAAUUAACCAAAAUGUUUAUCUUAGUAUUAAGUUGAAUCUUAUGAAAUGUAAGUUAUUCAAUCAAAGUGAGAAUUAUUCCAAAAGUUUAAUAUUGUUGAUUCAACAGAUCCAAUUAGGGAAGAAGAUUGGAUUUACUACGAUUGUUGUGGAAGGAUUUGCUUUAUUUAUUUCAACCUUGAAUAAUCUUGGUCAUUAUCAAGAUUCAUAUGAAUUAAUGAAUCAAGUCAUGCCGAUGGUGAUUUCGAUUGGGGAUAAAUUAGUCAUAUCCCAAUGUUAUUUUGAAUUAGCUAAGAUUCAUUUUAAAUUCUAUCAAGAUAGAAAGGAUCAAGCAGAAGAGGAUGAGGAGAAUAAUGAAAAGUUGUUUCAUAAGGUUUUACAAUAUUUGAAUUUAAGUAUCUUAGGAUUUAAAGAUUGUUGUCAUUUGAUUGAAUUACAAUCAUGUUUUAAAUUUGAAUUAGAGAUUGCUCAAUUUAAACAAGAUCAAUUAUUAAUUGAACAUGCUCAAGAUUCAAUUGAUAAGUUAAAGGUUAGAUUUCUUGAAGAGCAUAAUUAUGGAUAUGCUUGAAAUGAUGAAAAAGCGGUGAUUAUAUUAUAUUUAGGAAAGUACAAAAUAAACUAUUAUAAAAGAUAUACAUAGGAGGGAGGAUGGGGGAAGAGAUUCUUCCAAUUUUUAUUCAUAACGCUGAUAGAUAUUAU